AUGGCAGCUUACAAUAAGACAAGCUGGAUGGGAGAGUCAGGUGCCAACCUCACUGCCAUGAUGCCAGGUGUGAGACCCAUACUAACCCCUGUUGUCUACACCUCCAUGUCACCAGAAAUUAUGGGAUGGGUCCUGAGUGUGGCCUCUCUCCUCAUCAUCUCCACCAACCUGCUGGUGGCUGCUGCUCUCUUUCAGCUGAUGCGCAGGAAAGGCAGUCAGAGCUGGUGCUUCGUGCUCAACCUGGCUCUGGCAGAUAUCCUGGUGGGCCUGGCUAUCACUGGCAUUGUCACUGACGUGUUUAAAAAUUACAAUACCGUGAGCAAUGGAACUAUUCCAACUACUCGACCGCUACUCCUAAUGCACUCCACACAGAAGACCAAGUGUCUACUCCGCAUGGCCUUCGUCAUCUCCCCCUCAACGGCGUCCAUCUUGUCCAUGUUCCUGAUCUCUCUGGACCGCUACGUAGCCAUCAAGCUGCCGCUGCGCUACUCCCAGCUCACUGGGAGGUGGACCGUGACUGGAGCCCUGGUAGCGCUGUGGAUGGUAUCCCUCACCGUUGGCUUCCUACCAGGUGGAACAACUAACCUUAAUUAUCUUAUUUCAGAGGGCACACAUGUCCCUAACAACAGGGUUACAUUUCAAUUCAGGGGGAUAAGAUGAGAAUCAAUUUGUGAAUUUGAAUUGCUUCCUGAAUUGACUAAAUUGGAAUUGAAUUGACCCCAACACUUGAUAAUGAACAUCAAUAUUUUUAUAUGAAUAAUAGAAAUACUAUAAAUAUAGAAAGUUGUUUAUUCCCUUCUGCUCCACAGGCAUGGCAUGGCAGUUCCAGCAGGGAGACUUCGACAGCAGCAGCCUUUGCACCUUCUUCUCUGUCAUCCGUCCCAAGGGCAUCAUUGUGGUGUUCUGUGCCGUCUUCUUCCCCAUCCUCUCUGUCUUCACCUACUUCUACCUGGACAUUCUGAAGAUUGCUUGCGGCCACCAGAGGCAGAUCCGCCAGGCCCGCCAGGCCGGCACCAGGCUGCCCCAGCGCAGCCGCUAUUGGGGCCACUUCAAGGCCCUGAGGACCGUGGCUCUGCUGGUGGGCUGUUUCACCCUCUGCUGGUGCCCAUUCUUUGUGGUGUGUGCAGUGCAGGUGCUGUGUGAGGCCUGUGAGCUGUACAAGGUGCUUGAGAAUGACCUGUGGCUGCUGGGGCUGUCCAACUCCCUUAUUAACCCUUUGGUGUACGCCUGCUGGCAGAGGGAGGUGCGGCUGCAGAUCGAGACACUCUUCUCCUGCGUUAAGGACAGGGUCAGGAACACAGCCGUGUUAGAGGCUAGUGAAAGAUGUCAGAUAGAGCUGCAUAUACCCACUCAUACUGUUAUAUCUGUGAACGAUGCCAUGAGCCUGGAUCCCACCUUGUCAUCGGUCACCAGUGAAGAGGGCCACACUGUACAGCUUUCUGCCUCAACCCCCUUGUGA